ACCUCCUCUCUCUUAAUUGAACCUAUUUAGUCGAACUCCUUUUCUCUUUAGCUGUGUGCGGAAGGUGAGCGUUCUGUAGUUUCUAUCGUCAAAUUCUCUGGUCACUUCAAUUUGAUUUCGGUGUGAAAUUGUGGCUUUGGAUUUUGGAUUUAAGGGUCUGUGCCUGUUAUAGGGUUUGGUUUAUGGAAGUUUUUGGAGGGUUUUAGUGAUUGGUUUUGUUGGGUUUUGAGAAUUUGCUCGUUCAUCUGUUGCUUGCUCUAUUUGAUUUGUUUGUACCUUUGGUUUUUGGCGUUCAUGAAUUUUUCGAUAAUAUGGAUCCGGAAUUCGUGAACUUGUGAUUGCAAUGCGUUGAAGUUCAAUGUGUUCUUCAUUCGAACUAUUUUAGGCACUGGUUCCUGAUUUUCUUUUCUAGUGUAGGUUUGGAAUUGAUAAAGGAAGCUUGAUUUUGUAUCUUCCUAUUUUAGUUUCUAAAUAAGAAAACUGUCUGAAAAAUCUUUCUUUGGCUCAUCCAUGUCUAAAAUGCUCUCAAAGUUCCAACUUCCCAAGCUUCUCUGUCAUCCACUUUACCGAAGAAAAACCAGUACCGAUCUACUGCCUUACAACUUCUUAUACAACCCUUUCUGCACCACGGCCGACUCAACCCAAAUCGCCGAGUCGCCCGAGCUUCCAAGCUGGAUCAAAUUCAGUGAGACCCAGAACUCUGCAACCGCAGAUUCAGAUGAUGACUUUGUCAUACCUUCACUUGCUCAUUGGGUUGAGAACCACAAACUCCAUGAUCAUGGCAAAGUUGUUAAGCCAACGCUAAGCGAAACCACCGAAACCGACGUCGACAAGAUCAGUAAAAUCCUCAAGAAUCAGUACCCAUCGCCAGAUGAUGUAGCUCAAGCUCUAAAGGGGUCUGGUUUUAUUGCAUCAACCAGUUUGGUUGAACAGCUUCUGAAGAGGUUUAGCAGCGAUUGGAUCCCCGCUUUCGGAGUUUUCAUUUGGGCAAAAAUGCAAACAGGUUAUAGGCAUUCGCCAGAGCUAUAUGACUUCAUGGUUGAUGUCUUAGGAAAAUCGAGGAAGUUUCAUACCAUGUGGGAGUUGGUGGAUGAAAUGAAUCAGUUAGGAGGGUAUGUCACAUUGGUCACAAUGAGUAAGGUCAUGAGGAGGCUUGCAAAGGCUGGUAGGUACAAGGAGGCAGUUGAGGCAUUUAGGAACAUAGUCCGGUUUGGUGUGAGCAAAGAUAUCAGAGCAAUGAAUGUACUGAUGGAUGCGUUGGUGAAAGAGAAUAGUGUUGAGCAUGCCCAUGAUGUUUUCUUGGAGUUCAAGAAUGUGAUACCUUUGAAUUCUCACUCUCUCAAUGUUUUGAUACAUGGGUGGUGCAAAGCCAGGAAAUUAGACCAUGCCAAAAAGGCUAUGGAGGAUAUGGAGAAACAUGGGUUUCAGCCCGAUGUAUCCUCCUAUACAUGUUUCAUUAAAGCGUAUUCUCAUGACAAGGAUUUUCGCAAAGUGGAUGAAAUUCUUGAUGAAAUGAAAGAUAGGGGGUGCACACCUAAUGUGGUGACUUAUACUAUUGUAAUGCAUGCUCUAGGUAAGGCAGGGCGGGUAACUGAAGCUUUGGAGGUUUAUGAGAAGAUGAAGAUGAAGGGUUGUGUUCCUGAUACUUCAUUUUAUAGCUCUUUGAUAUUCAUUCUUGGUAAGGCUGGUAGGCUUAAAGAUGCACACGAUUUAUUUGAGGAUAUGGGGAAGCAGGGAGUUAAUCGAGACGUACUGACGUAUAAUACUUUGAUUUCUUGUUAUUGCUCGCAUUUGCAAGAAGAAACAGCUUUGAAGUUGCUUCAGAAAAUGGAAGAGGAUUCUUGCAAGCCAGAUCUUAAGACUUAUGCUCCUCUAUUGAAGAUGUGCUGCAGAAAGAAGAGAAUGAAGGUGCUUUAUAUCUUGUUAGACCACAUGUUUAGAAAUGACAUUAGUAUUGAAGUUGGAACUUACUCACUUUUGGUGCGCGGUUUAUGUAAGAACGGAAAACUCGAACACGCAUGCUUGUUUUUUGAAGAGAUGGUGUUGAAUGGAAUGGUUCCAAAUGACUGCACAUACAAGAUGUUGAUGGAAGAACUUGAGGGCAAGAGUAUGACAAAAGCAAAGGAACACAUUGAGAAGUUGAUGUCAAAUGCAAGAGAACAAAGAAGCAUUUAACACACCUUUUAGAGUGCCUUGUACAAAUCAGGAUGAAUUGGUUCAGCUGUUUAAUACAAUGGUUAUGUUAAGUUUUUAAUA